AUGCAUUCGCGAUUGCGAGCCACUUCCAUUGUCAGUCCACUAACUCCACGCGCUCGCCUCAUUCACUUCCCUUCUCUCGCGCUCUCUCACUCUCUUGGUCAAUGGUUUUCCAUCCUCCGCCAUGCCAUUGCCGCUUCGGAUUUUCUCCUCGGAAAGCGUGCUCAUGCGCGCAUCUUAACCUCCGGGCAGCACCCAGAUCGUUUUCUAACGAACAACCUCAUCACAAUGUACGGCAAAUGCGGGUCACUAUCGUCAGCACGUAAACUGUUUGAUAUAACGCCUGACAGAGACCUCGUCACCUGGAACGCCAUUCUCGCUGCCUAUGCGCAUGCCGGAGACACUGAUGCUGAGAAAACUCAAGAGGGUUUUCACCUUUUCCGUCUUCUCCGUCAAUCUGUUGUGUUGACUACUCGUCACACUUUGGCUCCUGUGUUAAAGAUGUGCCUGCUCUCGGGUUCUGUCUUCGCUUCCGAGGCCUUGCAUGGUUACGCCCUUAAGAUUGGGUUGGAAUGGGAUGUGUUUGUGGCUGGGGCUUUGGUCAAUAUAUACGCCAAGUUUCGACGAAUCAGAGAGGCUCGUGUUUUGUUUGAUGGGAUGCCUGUAAAGGAUUUGGUGCUCUGGAACGUGAUGUUGAAGGCCUACGUGGAAAUGAGUCUUGAGGAUGAAGCGUUACUUCUCUUCUCAGCUUUUCACCGAAGUGGGCUGCGUCCAGAUUACAUCAGUGUCCGUACUCUUCUCGCUGCUGUUGGUAAAACUGUUUUUGAAAGGCAGGUUCGAGCUUAUGCCACGAAAUUGUUUCUGUGUGAUGAUGAUUUGGAUGUGAUUCUGCAGAACAAGACAUUGUCUCAAUAUCUCCAAGCUGGUGAAACUUGGGAAGCUAUUGCUUGUUUUAUAGAUAUGGUCAAAUCACAUGUACCAUAUGACAGCUUGACGUUAGUUGUGAUCCUUUCUGCUGUUGCCAAUGUAAACCAUCUUGAACUGGGAAAACAGAUUCACGGUGUUGUUGUGAGGUCGGGGUUGGAUCGAGUUGUCUCUGUUGCAAAUAGCCUUAUAAAUAUGUACAUUAAGGCAGGUUCUGUUUAUUAUGCAAAAGUAAUGUUCAGUCAAAUGAAAGAGGUGGAUUUAAUAUCAUGGAACACCAUGAUAUCUGGUUGUGGACUGAAUGGUUUAGAAGAGUUUUCUGUUAGCUUGUUCAUUGAUUUAUUACGCAGUGGCUUAUUUCCUGAUCAGUUCACCAUUGCAAGUGUUUUGAGGGCUUGCUCCUCUCUUAAAGAAGGCUACUAUCUGGGUACGCAGAUUCAUACUCAUGCAAUAAAAGCUGGCAUCAUCUUGGAUUCAUUUGUUUCAACAGCUCUAAUUGAUGUCUAUUCUAAGAGUGGAAAGAUGGAGGAGGCAGAAUCUCUUUUUCAUAUCCAAGAUGUAUUUGAUUUGUCAUGUUGGAAUGCUAUGAUGUAUGGGUACAUAGUGAGUAGUAGCUAUCACAAAGCAUUGGGGCUCUUCAGUCUAAUGCAUGAAAGUGGAGAGAGAACAGAUGAGAUUACACUGGCGAAUGCAGCUAAAGCCGCUGGAUGCUUAGUGGGGCUUCAACAAGGGCAGCAAAUUCAUGCUGUUGUUAUAAAAAGGAGGUUUAAUUUAGAUUUGUUUGUCAUUAGUGGUAUUCUGGACAUGUAUCUAAAAUGUGGAGAGAUGGAAAGUGCAUACAAAGUUUUCGGUGAGAUCUCUUCGCCAGAUGAUGUUGCAUGGACUACUAUGAUUUCAGGAUUUGUGGAAAAUGGAGGCGAGGAGCGUGCUCUUUUUACAUACCAUCAAAUGAGACUUGCUGGGGUGCAACCUGACGAGUAUACCUUUGCUACCCUUGUAAAGGCUAGCUCUCUUUUAACAGCCUUGGAACAGGGGAGACAAAUUCAUGCAAAUGUUAUAAAGUUGAACUGUGCUUUUGAUCCUUAUGUGAUGACCUCGCUUGUUGACAUGUAUGCCAAGUGUGGGAACAUAGAAGAUGCAUACAGUUUAUUUAAAAGAAUGAACACGAGGGGUAUUGCCUUGUGGAAUGCCAUGAUAGUAGGAUUAGCUCAACAUGGAAAUGCUGAGGAAGCCCUUUACUUUUUCAAAGAUAUGAAAACUAGGGGUGUAACGCCAGAUAGAGUUACUUUUAUCGGGGUCCUUUCUGCGUGUAGUCAUUCUGGUUUGAUAUCCGAAGCCUAUGAAAAUUUUUAUUCUAUGCAGAAGAACUAUGGAAUUGAACCUGAGAUUGAGCACUAUUCUUGUCUUGUUGAUGCCCUUAGCCGUGCGGGGUGUAUACAAGAAGCUGAAAAGGUGGUAUUAUCAAUGCCUUUUGAAGCUUCUGCUUCAAUGUAUAGAACUCUGCUUAAUGCUUGUAGGGUUCAGGGAGACAAAGAGACGGGAAAACGUGUAGCAGAAAAGCUCUUUGCCUUGGAGCCAUCUGAUUCAGCUGCUUAUGUUCUUUUAUCCAAUAUAUAUGCGGCUGCUAACCAAUGGGAAAAUGUGGUGAGUGCUAGAAAAAUGAUGAAAAGAGUAAAUGUAAAAAAAGAUCCGGGGUUUAGUUGGGUAGAUAUGAAGAACAAGGUGCAUUUGUUUGUAGCUGGCGAUAGAUCACAUGAAGAAGCUGACAUGAUAUAUAAUAAGCUGGAGUAUAUUAUUAAGAGGAUCAGAGAAGUAGGAUAUGUCCCUGAUACAGACUUUGCACUUGCUGAUAUAGAAGAAGAAGAUAAAGAGAGUGCUUUAUAUUAUCAUAGUGAGAAGCUAGCAAUAGCUUAUGGGCUCAUAAAAACUCCAUCAUCCACCACAUUAAGGGUAAUUAAAAAUCUUAGAGUAUGUGGAGAUUGCCAUAAUGCAAUCAAAUAUAUAUCAAGGGUUUUUCAGCGAGAGAUUGUUUUGAGAGAUGCAAAUCGAUUUCAUCAUUUCAGGAGUGGGAUUUGUUCUUGUGGUGAUUACUGGUGACAAUUGAAUCAUUCCCUGAAUAAUACCCCAUUAUUUGAGUUCACUUAUGUGCGAACCAUCAA